ACUCCGUAUAACUGCUCUCCCCAUUUUCAACAUUUUCAAAUUUUUUCAAACAUAUUUCCAAGACAAAACCAUGUUCGAGACGGUGAAGCAGUUGAUCGGCUCCUCCGGGUCCAGCGGUUUCGGCUCCAAAUCCACCGCCGAUGACGUCACCCUCAACUCCGAUCUCCGGCCACUCACCGCCAUCAUCACCGGUGCGACGUCGGGGAUAGGGGCCGAGACGGCGCGCGUGCUGGCCAAGUGCGGCGCGAGGAUCGUGAUUCCUGGUCGGAGCAUCAAAGCCGCCGAGGAAACCAAAGCUCGGAUCCUGUCGGAGUUUCCCCAUUCCCAGAUCAUCGUCAUGUCCCUCGAUCUCAGCUCUCUCAGCUCCGUCCGGAGAUUCGUCGCCGAGUUUGAAUCUCUCGAUCUUCCUCUCAAUAUCCUCAUAAACAAUGCGGGAAAGUACGCGCAGAAGCAUUCGAUUACGGAGGACGGCAUCGAGAUGACGUUCGUCACUAAUUAUCUCGGCCAUUUUCUACUUACGAAGCUGCUGUUAAAAAGGAUGAAGGAAAGCGCGAGACAAACUGGCGUGAAGGGCCGUAUCGUGAACGUCUCAUCGAUUAUCCACAGUUGGUUUUCGGGUGACAUGACUCGAUAUCUCGCCCAAAUAUCACGGACCAAGUGUCACUACGACGCGACCCGUGCCUACGCCCUCUCAAAGCUUGCCAACGUAUUGCACACCAUCGAGCUCUCCCGAAUCCUCCACAAAAUGGAUGCUGACGUGACUGCGAACUGUGUCCAUCCCGGAAUUGUAAGAACCCGCCUCACAAGAGAGCGAGAAGGCUUCAUCACAGAUGCAGUGUUCUUCCUAACCUCCAAGCUAUUGAAGACCAUCCCUCAGGCUGCGGCCACGACAUGUUAUGCUGCAACGACUCCGAGGCUUACGAACGUUACGGGCAAAUACUUUGCGGACUGCAAUGAAGCGAGGACAUCCAAACUCGGUUCCGACAAAACCCAAGCUCGGAAACUAUGGGCCGCCUCCGAAAUCAUGGUUUCUCCUUCCUUUAAACGGAAUUUCGAUUUGCUUGUCCAAAACUUGGGUCUACACAAAUCAGAAAACCAGUAGCCUGGCCCCUGUAACAUAUAUAUAUAUAUAUAUAUAUAUAUGUAUGUAGGUAGAUAUGAUUGUGUAUGAUGUAGCUCUGCAGUUUAUGCGUGUAUGUAUUGUUUCGUUACCAUAUGGAAUAAUAAUUAUUUGAAAGUA